AUGAGUCUCUUUCAAAGGGGUCUCAGCGCCCAUGUGUCGACGUUCACGACGCGUCCCCGGCCGAUCAACCCCAGCAUUCGAGCGCCGCUACGGCGGGUGCGCCAGCCGCGACGACACAAAUCCUCCGAUGCCCCAACGACGCCUGAGACACCCGCAGAGAGCAAGAUUAGCUGUGAUGGGGUAUCGACGAAUGCGCCUGCAAAGUCCGCCCCGCCAAAUAUCUCGGAUUCUGCCUCAGCCCAGCCUGUGAAUACUACCGCGGCAGUGACAGCCGCCGGCGCAGCGACGGCUCCCAGUGCCGCGAAUGCGGUGGUGCGGUCUAAAGGACUACGCGAGAUCAUAAAAGCCGGUCCUUUGGGAAAGCUGGGCAGGUGGUACUCGCGCGUGCAGGAGCGGAAGCCGUAUGCGACGCAAUUCUACAGCUCCAUUGUCAUAUAUUUGUGUGGAGACUUGAGUGCCCAGCUGAUGUUUCCCUCGGAGGCACCUCCACCGGCUAAGUCUGCGGAGAAAGAUCCCAAGGCAUUGGGGGAUGAGGAUGAAAAGGAGGUCAGUCGUGGGGGUGGAUAUGAUCCAUGGCGGACGGUGCGACACCUGAUUGUGGGCGCUGGAUCGAGUAUCCCGUCAUAUAACUGGUUCAUGUUCCUCCACAACCACUUUAACUACCCAUCCAAAUUCCUCUCUGUCUUGACCAAAGUCGUCGUCCAACAAAUCUGCUUCACCCCCGUCUUCAAUACAUACUUCUUCAGCAUGCAUUCCCUCCUCGCAGGCGCCUCCCUCGAGGAAACAUGGGAGCGCCUAAAGAAGGCUCUCCCCGUCAGCGUGACCAACAGCGUCAAGCUCUGGCCCGCUGUCACUGCAUUCAGCUUCAUGUACGUGCCAGCUCAGUUCCGGAACGUCUUCUCGGGCGUCAUUGCUGUUGGCUGGCAGACGUACUUGAGUUGGUUGAACCAGAAGGCUGCGCGUGAGGUUCUGGCGGAAGAGAACAAUAUUCAGAGUGUGCAAGCGAUGGCUGGGAACUUGGUUCCUGCAACGGCUGCGGCAUAA